AUGUCUACGCCGGGUGCGCGAGCGGGUCUGGAGACCUUUGACGACCUCAACAUCGAGUACGAAAACGCCUAUCGCGACAACGCAUUCAAGGUGGCGUGCGUGAGAAAAGCCAUCUCCCUCGUGCCGCCGGGCUCUCGCGUGUUGGACGUGGGUUGUGGCACAGGCAUCCCCGUAUCCCAAAUGCUGGCCGAAGCCGGACUCCAAGUCGUCGGGUUCGACAUCUCGCCCAAGAUGAUCGCGCUCGCUAGUACACGAGUCGAGGGCUCCUUCAGUGUCUCCGACAUGCUCCAGUACCGACCCCAGGGCGACUUUGCUGCCGUGUUUAUCAUCUUUGCACAGUUGCAGUUGUCGUAUGCCGAUUUUCAUGCCGCCGCCUACAAGUUCGCGCGGACCUUGGUGCCUGGCGGCGUCUUCGUCAUCGGCCAGAUGCCGGCGGACAAGUACGUGAAGAAUAUAGCCGACUACGACGAGACGGGCACUUUCGUGGAGGACUAUGACGCGCCGUUCAUGGGCGAACCCCUGCCGACUUUCAUGCUCAGCGCACAGGGCCAGCGAGAUUUUUUGGCUUCAAUGGGCCUGGACAUCGUCAGCGAGACGAUCGAUAUGUUUCAGCCAAAGAACCCGAAAUGUGAUCCGGAGGAGCAGCAGUAUAUAAUUGCCAAAAGGACGAGUGGCGCACCACUCCAGCCGCCAAAACCGCUGCCCAAGUAG